CCUCAGUCAGUAGCCCAUGUGACAAAAGGACGUUGGAAAGUUACGAGGCCAGUUUAACCGAAGGCAUCUGACCACAAUUCUACUCUAGCCUAUUCAGAUCUGGACAUGGUUAUUGUGAUUUUUUUACCCCGUGGAUAUGCAUGAUUAUUGUAUUGAACUUGAAUUUAAUAAUUGGUUGAAGAAGAUCAAUAGGCUACUGUUGUGUAUAUACCGUAAAGUAUUUUCCAUUUUAUUUUUUCCAUUUCAGAAAAGUUUUAGUAUAAAACCUUUUUAAUAGUGGGACGUUUGACUCGUAUGCUAUUGUCUUUUAAAUGUUUUAAACAUCCCGAGGCACACAGGAACUGGCCACGAGUAAGUGAACACCGAAUGCGCGCCCGUAGCGAUGUCAAGGAGUCAUUUCUGCUUGUUGUAAAUUACUGGACAAGCGCGUCAUUUCACUUGCAAAAUCAUAUUAGCCUGUUGAGGUCCGUUUUUUAAAAUCCUGGUUGACCACUCACGGACACAUCAUCUGUGUGACCAUGCUACAAAAUGGUAACGGUAAGGAGAAACCUUCUGAACCGCCGAAGGCUGAGCCAGAACCUGACUCCCCAUCAGAACCUCAAACCGAGCAAGCCCCCACAGACAACGCGGCGCCGGCUGCACAGGAGGACACGGAUUCCACGCACUUCACUAUGCCCGUUUACCCCAAAUUGGAGAUAAAGCGUAACGCGGUGACAGACGAGUAUAAGAUCUCCAAUCAGGUCCUUGGGUUGGGGAUCAAUGGGAAGGUUCUGGAAUGCACCAAUAAGAAAACUGGGGAGAAGUGCGCACUGAAGAUUCUCUAUGACAGUCCCAAGGCGAGGCUGGAGGUUGAGCUACACUGGCGGGUGUCGGGGGGACCUUACAUCGUUCGCAUUCUCAGUCUGUACGAGAACAUGCAUCAUGGAAAGAAGUGCCUGCUCAUCAUCAUGGAAUGUAUGCAAGGGGGAGAACUGUUUAGCCGGAUCCAGGCCAGAGGGGACCAGGCUUUCACUGAGAGAGAGGGCUCAGAGAUCAUGCGGGAUAUUGGCACGGCCAUCGAGUUCCUCCACAACAUGAACAUCGCACACAGAGACAUCAAGCCUGAGAACCUGCUGUACACCCAUCAGGAGCGCAAUGGUACUCUCAAACUGACAGACUUUGGCUUUGCUAAGGAGACCACGCACAACCUCCUGCAGACCCCCUGCUACACCCCUUACUACGUGGCCCCUGAGGUUUUGGGCCCGGAGAAAUAUGACAAGUCAUGUGACAUGUGGUCUCUGGGUGUCAUCAUGUACAUCCUGCUGUGUGGGUUUCCUCCGUUCUACUCUAACACGGGCCAGGCCAUCUCUCCAGGGAUGAAGCGGAGAAUUAGGCUGGGCCAGUACGAGUUCCCCAAACCUGAAUGGGCUGAAGUGUCAGAGGAAGCCAAACAGUUGAUCAAUCAGCUGCUGAAGACAGACCCCAACGAGAGAAUGACCAUCACACAGUUUAUGAACCACCCCUGGAUCAAUCAGUCCAUGGUUGUUCCCUCCACACCGCUCCACACCACGCGGGUCCUGACUGAGGACAGAGAGAUGUGGGACGACGUGAAGGAGGAGAUGACCAGUGCUUUGGCCACCAUGCGUGUGGAUUACGACCAGGUGAAGAUCAAAGACCUGGACACUUCCAGCAACCCUCUGCUCAACAAGAGGCGCAAGAAGGCCGCUGCCGGGGGCAAAUUGGGAGGCACCGUCUGCAACAGCCAGUGAGAGACUGAGGUGGGAGGGAAGCCACAGCCGGAACAGCAGAAAAAGAGGAAGGGAAGCCCAGAGGAAGGAGGGUGGAUACAACUGGAACAGCUGAGAGGAAAAAGUCUGUGGGAGGUCUGGGCAGGAAUGUGUAGAAGAGACUUAGCAGGGGGAGUGUGUUCAUACUUGAAUAAGCAGAGGGAGAAGAGUAAGGCCUAGAGGAGGGAACAGCAGGGAAAUGUGAUUUAAAGAUUCUCAACAAUCAGUCGAACUGAAGGACACAUGAAGUGAUGACAAAGUCUGCAUCUCUUAUCAGCCAAGAUCAGCAGGCCUUCAUACUGUUGGCCUUCCAUCAGUUUUUAAUUUGAUUGUGUGUUUGUGUAUGUGUGUUAUUUUGAAAGGUUGUUCAGGAUCUGCUCUAUAUCAGUUAAUGUAUGUUUGUUGUGGGGUUUUGUGUGUGUGUAAGGGAGACCGGGGUUGGUUGUCUCACGGGUUGGUUGUCACAGUGCUAUUACUCCCAAUCUAAAUGGCACUAUGUAAUUUAAGGUAAAAAUGUGUGAAUUAUUUGAAGGAAUUUAUCCAGCUGGUCAGUUCAUGUCAGCAUGACAAAACAUUGAGGUGAGGGGAAUUUUUGUUUUUCAUAGGUGGAAGUAAAAUAUAUAUAUAUAUAUUGGUAUUUUCUUUGUAAAUGUUUGAAUUGUGGGAGUAUCCAUGAACAAUUAUGUUUGUUGAAAAGAGGAAAGGGAGAGCUAUAUGUCAAACAUAUUUAUGAGUUCCAAGGUCAAGUCAUGUGGUAACCAGCAUCUUAAUUAGCUUUGGGGAGCUGGUUGGGGUUGGUUGUCACUAUCAACUCCAUUAUAAUAAAUCCCAAGCUCUUUUGUGCUUGUGCUAUAAAGAGCUCCUUUCGUAGCCUCUCCCUCACACACAUAUUUUUUUCUGCCACACACGCACGUGGGUGCAAACACACGCAUACACACACAAAUUUACUCAAAAUGCCAUAUUUUAUUCUCACGGCAUAAAAUGCUGAAUUUUGUUAGAAAUAUUGUUUGACCCAAGAAAGGCUAUUUCUAA